CAGCGAGCCGCCAGUGCGACCGCGGACGCCGCGGGGGAAGACCACUGAUAGCCCGUCAGGACUGGGGCGCACGCCGCACCUGGAGCACCCAGACAUGUCGACGGUGCAGCCGUUGCAGCCGGCCAAGCCGGCCAGGCGGUCGCAGUGGGCGCGCCGCUGGGGCAUCCUGCAGGCCAACUGGUCGUACCAGAGCCGCCAGUUCUUCGAGACCAGCACACUGCACGGCGUGCGCUACAUCUCCGAGAAGCGCACGCCGCUGCACGAGCGGCUGCUGUGGUUCGUGUGCACGGCGGGCGGCAUGAUGGCGGCCCUCGUCAUCAUCGACUCGCUGUGGGACAAGUUCCAGACCAGCCCCACCAUCACGGGGCUGGACAGCGACUACCACAACUGGGACGUGCCCUUCCCCGCGCUCACCAUGUGCCAGAAGGACCCGGCCAACGAGUCGCUCAUCGCGGAAUACGUCAACCAGAAAUGGCCGGACGCGGAGGACGACAAGAAGGAGUACUACAGCCAGUUCCUGGCCGCGCUGGCCAACGUGUCCUACGAGGGCCUGCCCAGCCUGCUGCCCUUCGUGCAGGACGCCGAGCUGCCGCAGACCGGCCUCAGGGAGAUGGCCUUCGCAGUGUUCAGCCAGUGCCACGUGUUCACCCAGUGCGCCUACAAGCAGAGCCUGGAGGACGACGCCAAGGACUGCUGCUCCUUCCUGCACCCCAUCUUCACCGAGAACGGCUUCUGCUACUCCUUCAACCUCAACCACACCAUGAAGGACAUGCCGGGGUACACGCCGCCCGCCCACUUCCACGAGUCCUUCAUCGAGGAGACGGACAGCCGCUGGUCCUUCUCGUUCGACACCGAGGACACCGUCAACAACUCGGUCUCGGUCUACAUCACCUCGUCCAGGGACCUUCCUGGCGCCGACAUCGCCCCGCAGCACGUCUGGAACAAGCGCGUGUCCAAGCUCAUGUUCGUCCCCAAGAUGACCUACACGGUGGACGGCGCGCGGCAGCUGUCCAUGCGGCAGCGCGGCUGCGUGUUCUUCGACGAGAUCCACCUGCGCGUCUCGCCCGACUACUACACCUUCUCGGCGUGCGUGCGCCAGUGCCGCAUGGACAAGGUGGUCAAGGCGUGCGGCUGCCUGCCCUUCUUCUACACGCUGCUGCCGAACCAGCGGUACUGCAAGCUGAGGGAGCUCAAGUGCGUCAUCGACAUACUCGACACCGUCUCCAACGCCAAGCUCAAGUGCCCGUGCAUGCUGGGGUGCGAACACACGGUGUACGACAUGGAGAAGCCCCACGAGGCUGGAGGGGAGUCGAGCGACGAGGGACAGGGGUCCACGGGGGUGGAGGUCGGCUUUCUUUCGUGGCCACUGACCAGGUACAAAAGAGACGUGCUGUUCGGGCAGGUGGACCUGCUGGUGGCCAUCGGCACCAUCGCGGGUCUGUUCCUGGGCUUCAGCCUGCUCAGCGGCGUGGAGAUCGUGUACCUGUUCACCCUGCGGGCCUGGUGCAUGAUGCACACGGACCGCCAGCACCUGGAGGAGCUGGCCGAGGAGUACUCCAGGCAGGAGAAGCAGCCCGUGGACCUGACGCUGCGUCCCGCCUUCCUGGGCAAGUCCCAGCCCCAGUCCGCGGGGGCGGUGGCCGUGGUGGCGCCCGCCUCGCCCUCCAAGAUGGCGGCGCAGGGCAUGCCGCCCAUGUGGAGGCGCAGCCAGGCCAAGCGGGGCGCCAAGGAGGUCGUCGAGUACCCGUACCUGCACUAGCAGCAAACAACAACAACAAUAAAGAGAGCCAGGCCAAGCGGAGCACCAAGGAGGUCGUCGAGUACCCGUACCUGCACUAGCAGUAAACAACAACAACAAUAAAGAGAGCCAGGCCAAGCGGAGCACCAAGGAGGUCGUCGAGUACCCGUACCUGCACUAGCAGCAAACAACAACAACAAUAAAGAGAGCCAGGCCAAGCGGAGCACCAAGGAGGUCGUCGAGUACCCGUACCUGCACUAGCAGCAAACAACAACAAAGAGAGCCAGGCCAAGCGGAGCACCAAGGAGGCCGACAAGUACCCUGCACUGGCAGCAAAAACAACAAUAACAAUAACAACAACAAAAACAACAACAAAACAACAGCAACAAUAAAGAGAGUAAGAGGGAGCGUGCCUGCCCCGGGCCUGCCCCGGGCUUGCCCCGGCCGUCCUUGACAGUGGCGUGGCUAUCAGAUCAUUGCAGCCCCAGUCAUCCCCAGCGAAGCGCUGUCACAUUAAAUAUGGACGAGGCGUAUCACUGGGGCGGAAUCGCUGUCGCAGGGCCGCGCCGCCAUGGCCGUUCGGAAGAGAGCGGUUCUCUGUCUCUCUCGCACCCUUACGGGGAGCCCCGUGAGUGCGACAGAGACAGAGCGAUCUGAAUCACACCGCCAGGGCCGCCAUGCAGGGACCGCGCCUCAGCGACCUGGGCGGGGGAAUGCCAAACCGAAGUCCGUGCGGAAUGGCGCGAAAAUAUCGGGGGUGAAUUCGCAUUUUGAAUCGCGGAAUUUUCGGAUUUCGACUACCAGACCACCUCACUUCCAAGCUACCUUGCAACAGGGUUCGUUUAAAUUGCUGAAAAAAAAACCUGAAUAAAAACAAAACGGUAAAAACAGAACACGACAAAAACGGAACUUGUUUUUCUCAGGGAGCCAAUGGUAAAGGCACAAGCGAUUUCCUGGGAGUUCCUGA